CGGCCGCACCCCCCAGCAGGCUGUGCGGACGCCGUACGGCAGCAUGGCGGCACCUGGAGCGGCGGCGGCGGCGCUGGUGCAGUACGUGGUGCUGCGGGGGGACCUGGCGCGGCCGCCGCUGUCGUGGCCGCUGGGCGCGGUGGUGGCACAGGCCUGUCACGCCGCGCUGGCCGCGGUGCAUACGCACCGCCAGCACCCCGACACCGGCGCCUAUCUGGAGCAGGGCGGCGCCAUGCGCACCGUCGUGCUGGAGGCUCCGGACGAGGCGGCGCUGGUGGCGCUGGCAGAGACCUUGAAGCAGCACGACAUCGACCAUGAAGUGUGGACUGAGCAGCCCGAGAACGUGGCCACUUGCCUGGCGCUGCGGCCCUACCCCAAGGAGCGGGUGCACCAGCACCUGAAGAAAUUUAAAUUGCUCAAGUGACUGUGACCGGGCAGCUGCUUCUCAUGGGGAGAAGGGGCUUGGGGAGGCUGCCGUGUGCUGGCAGCAUGGGGCUAAGAGCAGCAGGAUCAGAGAAUCAUUUGGGAUGGAAAAAGACCUUCAAGGUCAAGUCCAACCAUUAACCCACCCCUGGCACUGCCCCGUGUCCAGAGAACCUCAUGUCCGUCUGUCCAACCCUCCAGGGCUGGUGACUCCAGCACUGCCCUGGGCAGCCUGUUCCAAUGCCCCACAGCCCUUUGGGGAAGAAAUUGUUCCCACAUCCAACCUCAACCUCCCCUGGCGCAACUUGAGGCCGUUUCCUCUGCUCCUGGCGCUUGUUCCUGGGGAGCAGAGCCCGACCCCCCUGGCUCCAAGCUCCUUUCAGGCAGUUCAGAGAUCAGAAGGUCUCCCCUCAGCUCCUGUUCUCCAGCUGAACCCCCCAGGUCCCUCAGCCGCUCCAUCACACUUGUGCUCCCUUCCCCAGCUCCGUUCCCUUCUCUCAACUCACGUUACACGGUGUGAAACGGGCUGUUUGGGGGGAAGAUUAAACAUCAUUCUGUGCAGAAA